GUUACUUUCACGCGAGCAGUGCACAUUUAAGCAAAAUGUACAGGCUCAUAGUAUCAGCCUUAGUGAUCGCGGCAGUCGCGUGUCAGCAACAAGAGGGUGCGAGACGAGUUCCGAAAUACGCGGGUGAUCCGAAAACAGCUGCUAUCGUGCAAGAAGCUCGGUAUCUCAGUGGAAACGGCGCUUUCGGAGCCGCGUACCAACAGGAAGAUGGAAUUAACUUCAAAGAGGAAACAGACGCUGACGGCAACAGACGAGGCAGCUACUCCUACAUCGACCCCAGUGGUCAGAGAAAAACUGUGAACUACGUCGCCGGCAAGAACGGAUUCCAGGCUUCCGGAGAUCACAUUCCCACGGCACCUCAGCCCGUAGCACCAACACCUGGCUACACCCCUGACCCCCGUUACAACUCCCCGGACUACAAAGCUCCCCAGCAGUACAGUGCUCCUCAACAACAGUACAACGCCCCUGCUCCACGCAACUAUGGCGUCAAACCCAACGAAGACGACGGUCAAUACUACCCCGAAUUAUACGAGACCAACAACUACGUAGCUCCCCAAAAGCAAUACCAAGAACCUCAAGCUCAAUACCAGCCCCAGCCUCAGUACCAGCCUCAGCCCCAAUACCAAGCGCAGCCUCAGUUCCAGGCUAACAGCAUCUACCCUGGUGUUCAGCAAGCUCAAUACAGUGGAGUUCAAACCCAGCAAUACAACGCCCCACAGUCAGCCCGCCAAGACUACUACGAGCCCACCACGCCACCUCCAGCGCGGUUCUUCCCUCCGGGCAAGUUCAGCUUGAACCGUGCGCCCGAUGGCUACACCUACUCUUUCCACAAAGUAUAAAUCUUAGUUAGAGGAAAGGGUCUCGGCGAUUUGUGGCGUCCGAAAAGUAAAAAGCACGCGUCAAUUAGUAUUUCGCCGAGUCAUCAGGGGUUUCGCCGCGGGUACGUGCCCGCUUGCUUCGAAAGCAUUUCUUAAUUGUUGUUUGCUGUGAUAUUGUGUGCUAAUGGACAAUGUGUAUAAAGUGCUGGUAUUGUUACUAGAAGAGGAAUUAAUGGAAUGACGUCAUAUUAAGAUUAUUUGUAUACUUGUAAAUAAAUUUAAUAUUACCCUAAAAUUAGAUAAUA